UUGGUCAGCGUGUAAAAUCAUCAUCACCACACCUCCUUCUCCUCAUUUUCUAGCUAGCCCUUCUAUUAAUAUAUUUCUCUGUUUCUUAUCUUCAUAUUAUAUUAUCUAUAUAUAGCCCAACCUGAGGGUGUGUGUGACUCCAGCUCAAAGACUCUUGUCUUGACAUUUUCUCAUAAGUUGAAACACAAGAAAUACACUACUGUACAAGCUAGCUACACCUUGCCUUAUUCAUAAAAGUUCUUAUAUACAUACAACACAAAUUAACCUCUCAUUCUAAAAUACAACAUACUCAACGUGAAAAAAGAAAGAUUUUGACUUGAAUAAAAUGGGAAGGCCCCCUUGUUGUGAAAAGAUAGGUGUGAAGAAAGGGCCAUGGACACCAGAAGAAGAUAUCAUCUUAGUCUCUUAUGUUCAACAAAAUGGUCCUGGCAACUGGAGAUCUGUUCCUACCAAUACUGGUUUGCUAAGAUGCAGUAAGAGUUGCAGACUGAGAUGGACUAAUUAUCUUCGGCCCGGUAUCAAACGUGGCAACUUUACUGAACAAGAAGAAAACAUGAUCACCCAUCUUCAAGCCCUCCUUGGCAAUAGAUGGGCGGCAAUAGCUUCAUAUCUUCCACAAAGAACCGAUAACGAUAUCAAGAAUUAUUGGAAUACACAUCUAAAAAAGAAGCUCGCCCAAGAUGAACAAAACCAUCAUCAACAACAUGGUCGUCAUCGCCAUGGAAAUUCAAAAGAGUGUCGAUCAUCGUGUGAUCAUCAAACAUCAUCUAUAUCUAAAGGUCAAUGGGAAAGAAGGCUUCAGACCAAUAUCCAUAUGGCAAGACAAGCCCUUUGUGACGCCCUAUCUCUCGACAACAAAUCCCCUAAUUUACCUGAAUUGCCCCUAUCGAAUACUGCUCAUCAACCUUCAAUUUCUUAUGCUUCGAGUGCUGACAACAUUGCGCGGUUACUCCCGAACUGGAUGAAUAAUAAUUCCAAGAAAUCGUCACAUGAAGCUAGCUCGGAAAGUAUGGAAACAAGGCAGACUACAAGUUCGUUGGUCAACCAGCAAUUGAUCCCAAGCCCUCCGAGUGAAGGUUGUUACGAUAAUUCCUUUCAUUUUGCUGCCUAUAGUAAUAAUAACCAAAUGAUCACCAACGAUGAUCAAAAGAACGGUAACUGCUACUACUACUCGAAUUAUAGCAAUUCGGAUGUCUCGCAGUCGGUUUCACCUGAAACAAGUAUGUUCCAAGAUGAAAGCAAACCGAAUUUGGAAGAUCAAAUUCAGAUGCCUCCUCUUAGUUAUCUAGAGAAAUGGCUUUUUGCCGAUGAGGCUGCAACUCAAGGUGACCAUCUUAUGAAUAUGUCACUAGAAGAAAAUGACGGAGGUGGCCUCUUCUAAUUAACUACUAAUUAUUUCGAUCUCUUGUUUCAUUUUCCAAAGUAAUUAAUUAAUUUCUUAUCUUGUUUUUCUUUUAAAGGAUCUUAAUUGGUGGGGGGUUUCAUCUAUGUUUAGAAGAGCUUCCAUGCAUCUUUUUUAAUGCUUUUUUUCUUUACUAGAUUUAGUUGAAAAGAAAUGUAAAUAAUUAAGAUAGGAAUUAGGAUAUAUAUAGUAAUACUCGUAUAAUAUGUUUACUAGCUACUGCAUAAAGAGUAACAAUGCUAAGCUUGUUUAUAACCACCUUUCCAGGAGGAAACAAUGUGUACGUAUGUAGCUCCUGUAAUACAAAGGUCGGAUCGAUGAAAUGAAUGAAAGUUAAUUUGAGUUUGUUUCUUAA